ACAGCCAUCCCCAAUAGUAUAAACAUGUACGGGUCACAGCAGGGACUAAACAUGAAUCGGAGGGCCAACUCCAAAAGCGACUUGGCUGGCGCUGGGACCUACCAUUACGCACGGAGCGAGGGGCUGCACGGAGACGGUAACGGAUACGAACCCUCCAUGGACGGAUACAGAACCUACAGCAUUUCAAGAUCCCUUUCCAAAGGAGGAGGAAUGGCGAGCGGGGCGAUGGGCGCAGUGAGUGGCUCCCCACUCAACACCAUCAACCAGAGGGCUGCAACCCUGCAGAUCCAGUGCAAUGAGUACCUGAAGAAGGCCGAAUACAGCAUUCAGUCUGGCAGUGCUCCUGGUGAUGCAGAAUACUACAUGGGGCUGGCCAGAGAGGCCAUUGAAAGGCUGAAAACCUGUGCGAUAGACCUGAGCCAAAUGGGACAACCCAAUGACAACGUAGUCAGGAGCGUGGAGGUGUAUAAGAACCAGCUGAAAGGGGUGCACAUGGCCAUCUCAGGCACCGUACAGAGGAGGAGGAGCACCAGAGGAAGCUCUGGAGGUUGGGAAGAACCUGGAAGGAGCUUCCAUGAUGCUAUGGGCUGGAUUUCACAGCAAAAGCGUCUGAUUGAAACAGCUUCAUGGGGAGACGAUCCUGCAACCCUCGAGCAGCAGCUCAUCAACCACCAGAAGUUUCACAGCUCCAUCCAGAGGUGCCCUGAGAUGGACCGAGCCAAAGACGACCUGCAAAAGAAAGGAGACAAACCAAACAUGUACACUCUGGAGAAGGAAUGGGACAGUUUACAGCAAAUGUCAUUUGGCCGGACCGAGCAGUUGCGAGACCUCAUCCACAUCCUUCAGGACAUAUCCAAAGAGAUAAUGUGGGUGAAUGACAAAGAGGAAGAGGAGCUGAUGUUUAACUGGGGAGACAAGAACAUCGAGCAGUACAUCCCCAAAAAGCAGGAGAGCUACUCGAAACUAAUGAGUGCCCUGGAGGAAAAAGAGAAGGAUCUGUAUAAGCUGAAAACCAAAGUGAACGCCCUCCUGAAAGAUAACCAUCCAGCCUCCGACAAGAUUGAGGCUUACAGGGACACACUGCAGACUCAGUGGAGUUGGCUUCUUCAAAUUACGAAAUGUAUUGAUGUUCAUCUGAAGGAGAACGGAGCUUACUGCCAGUUCUUCAAGGAGGCUAAUGAGACUUACAGCGCUCUGCAAAAGAAACAUGAGAUGAUUCGUAAGACCUAUGUAUGUGACAAGAACACUUCACUGGAGGACCUGCUGGAGCUCCUCAAAGGUCUGGAGAGGGAAAAGGAGAAGAUACUGGAGCAGAGGCGGCAGGUGCAGCAUCUGGUCAUCAACUCGAAGAGUAUCGUGAGGCUGAAACCCAGAAACCCAGAGGAGAAGAGCGGCAGCAUCGUCGUCAAGGCUUUGUGCGACUUCAAACAAGACCAGAAGGUGAUCUGUAAGGGUGAUGAGGCCAUCCUGAAGGACAACAGCCAGCGCAGUAAGUGGCUUGUGACCGGCCCUGGAGGACUAGAUAUGUUGGUGCCGUCUGUGUGCCUGAUUGUACCACCUCCUAAUCCACUGGGCAUCAGCCUCGCCAGCAAGAAUGAGCAGUAUUACGAAGCCAUCCUGUCCAUCUGGAAUCAGCUUUACAUCAAUGUUAAGAGCCUCAUUGCCUGGCAGUACUGUCUCUUGGAUAUUAAAUACAUAAACAGCCUCACCAUCACCAUGUUGGCCAAGAUGCGUCCUGAGGAGUACCAACAAAUCAUGAAGAACCUGGAGACCCACUAUGAGGAGUUCAAACUGAGCUGCCACAGCUCCCAGAUGUUCGCUGAGGAGGACAAGAGGGGCAUCGAGAACCAGUUUACUGGAGCUCAGGCGCAUUACGACAAGCUGGUGGUGGAGCUGCCUGUUUACACUGCACAUCAGGAGCAGAUAGAAAUGCAGCAAGUAGCCGAACAACAACGUAUUCCGCAUCUGAUUAUAAUCCAACAAACGCAGCAAUCUGCUGUUGAGGAAGAGGCCAGGAGGCUGGAGGAAGAAAGACGGAGUGUGGAGCUUAAGAAACUAGUGGAGAACAAAAUGGAGGUGAAGAAAGAGGUGGUGACCAAUGAGCAGGUGAUAAAGAAGGACACAGUGAAAGUGACCAAGACAGAGCCAGUGAAGAGGAAGGUUCUGCUGUCCUCCUCCUCCUCUUCCUCUUUAUUAUCAUCAUCUCGUACAUUAUCAGAGCUGCACACACUCAGAUUGAGGUUGGAGGCCGCUGAGGGAACACUGAGUCAACAUGUUCAUGUCUGCUUUGGAGAUGAUGGGGCUCGAGACUGUGGCCUCAAGAUCACUCAGUUAGAGACAGUCCAGCGUGAGAUUGACUCGAUGCGUGAGGAGUAUCUACGUCUGAGAGAGAAUAUUCUGAAGGAAGUGGAACGCACAAAUGAUGCAGAUAAAGCCCAGUUUCUCCGAAGUGAGAUUGGAGUGAUCAAUCAGAGGCUGGGCAGUCUGGAGAGCAGCUCGUCGGCUUACGUACAGCGGCUGCGGGCUCUAAGGGACAUGCUGGAGAGUGUGGCACGAGCUGAGGACAUUGUGAAAGUUCAUGAAGCAAGGCUAACAGAAAAAGAGACCACUUCUCUGUCUCCAACUGAAGUACAGGAUUAUAUGUUUACCCUGAAGAAUAUUAAAUUAGAGUUGGAUCAGAAGAAGGAUGUUCUGGCCUGUAUGGAGGCUGAGUUGACCAAGGCGAAUCACUGGAACAGCCAGGUGGGCAGCCCCUUCCACAGGUGUGACAUGAUGCUGUCAAAAUACACCGAGCUGGUGAGCCAGUUGUUCGACCGCUGGAGACGAAUCAAGGGACAGAUUGAGAGCAGACUACAGGAUUUGCAGCUGUAUCUGCCACAGCUGCAGCACUACAAGCAAACCAGCACCUCUUUCAUUCAGUGGGUUGAUGCCACACGAAAAACACAGGACACCCUGCAGGCCACCCAGAUAGACAAUGUCCAAGCACUAAAGGACCACAUUACCAACCAGAAGACUCUGAACAUGGACAUCAAGGCAAAGAGAGAGACAUUAGAGAGCGUGCUGAGGGACAGUGAGGCCUGUGUCAAUGCUAUUAAGGACUAUGAAACGGACCUUGCCUCUUACAGCUCUGGUUUAGAAACUUUGCUCAACAUUCCCAUCAAAAGGACAAUGCUCAAGUCUCCGUCAAUGGAUCUGCACCAAGAGGCUACAUACCUUCAGACACGUUACAUGGAAUUGCUGACUCUGUCUGGGGACUACUACAAAUUCCUGGGAGAGCUGCUCAAAAACAUGGAGGCACUCAAGAUACGUAGCACCCAGAUUGACCUGCUGGAAGAGGAACUUCGACUUCUAAGGGACAAUAUCCAAGAACGCAACAACAAAAACAAAUCACUAGAAGACGCCGUUGCUCGGUACCAGCUGGAGCUUUCUCAGUCCCAGGACCAGUUGCUGUCACUGGAGGAGGUGAAACAAAGCACAGCACUGGAGUGCAGUGCCACCAAGGAGAGCCUGGACUCCACUCAGAGCCAACUGGCAGACCUCAGCGAUCAGGUGACACGUCUUAACUACUUGUUGAGUGAAGAAAGGAGGAAAACAAAGCUGGCAGAGGAGCGCUAUACUCAGCAGAGUGAAGAGUAUGAAUCAGUACUGAAGAAGAGGCAGAACGAGUUGGAGACAUUCAGCUGGUCCAAGAUGGAGGUGGAGAAGAGUGUGGCAAAUAAGGAGCAUGAGAUUGUGCAGUUGCGGCGGCAGCUGGAUAAGGAGGAAGAAAGGGUCAAGGAACUACAGACAGAUAUAUCAAAGACAAGAACCAUGAUGCAAUCCAUUCAGUCCCAGCACAGCGAAACUGUAAACGAGAGAGACGCUCUGUUGCUGAAAUUGAAGAUGCAGGGUAAAGACAAGGAUUUCAUUCAAAGAACAGAAGAAGAACUCAGUCGUGUUAAAAUGUCGCUUAAUUCUGAGCUUCGCAGUACACAACGUCUACAAGAGGAGAAUGAGAGGAUAAAAAGGGAUUUAAGCUACUGGAAGGACCAAUGUGAUGAUAUACAGAGCCUGCUCAGACAGUAUGACACAAGCAAGGAGAUUCUUGAGAGGGAAAAGAAAUCCUUGAAAAGUGAAGUAGAGAAGCUAAUGAGAGAACAUAACGAGACUGAGGACACAUAUAAAAGCAGAAUGUCAUCCAUGCAGAGAGAACUGCAGGAGGUGACGGUUGUUAGAGAAACCAUGGAGACUCAGCUGAAAAGUAACAGAGAGCCACCAGGCCUUGAUGCUUCCCAUGUGAUUUUUGAUGGAGUCCGCAAACCAGUCACAGCUAAACAGUUACUUGACUGUGGAAUUUUGGACAAACCAACUUUUGACCAGCUUGCAAAGGAACAUAAGACUGUCCCUGAGGUUUCUAAUGACAAAAAAGUCAGUCUAAAAGGGACAGGCCCAAUAGCUGGCGUGGUGAUUGAGGGUCUAAGAAGUCCAGGGUCCAUCACUGGACCCCUUUGUAAACUGACAUUCACAGAGGCCAAAAAAGAGAAUCUACUCCCACCAGAUAGCAUUGACUUGCUACUAGAUGCACAAGCUGCUACAGGCCACAUUAUUGACCCAAGAACUAACCAGAAACUGACAGUUGAAGAAGCAUAUAAUCAAGGUGUAGUUGAUGAUGAGGAUAGAGAGAGGUUGCUUGCAGCAGAGGCUGCAGCUGUAGGAUACAAUGGACCUGAAACAAACAAACCACUCUCAGUAUUUCAGGCCAUGAAGAAGGGCCUGAUUGACAAGAAUACAACACUGCGUCUGUUACAAGCACAGGAGUCUGUCGGGGGCAUUCUUGAUCCCCUACUAAGCGUCUUCCUUCCCAGAGAUGCAGCAAUUGAACGUAACCUAAUUGAUGAUAACACAUGCCAUGCUUUAAAUCAAAGACCUGAGCUCUACCUAGAUCCUGAAAAUGAGGAGGGUACGACCUAUAUGGCAAUGAAAAGACGAUGUAAGAUAGAGCCACACACAGGCCUUCUGCUUCUUCCGAUCCCUGAGAAGGUAGAUCCCAACAAACUUAUCUUUGAUGGCGUACGAAAACCUGUCACUGCAAAGCAGCUACUGGACUGUGGUGUCCUGGACAAGCCAACUUUUAAAGACCUAGAAAGGGGAAAGAAAUCAGUCCCUGAGGUCUCUGUAGAAAAAACCAUCAAUCUUAAAGGGACUGGGCCCAUUGCUGGUAUAGUCAGUAAUCCCAGCAAAAUGUCAUUGUCUGAAGCCAAAAACCAAAUGCUAAUAUCUGCUGAAAGUGCUGAUUUGCUGCUGGAAGCCCAGGCUGCCACUGGUCACAUCAUUGACCCCAAAACCAAUCAGAAGCUGACAGUAGAAGAGGCAUGUGCAAGAGGUGUGGUAGACAUUAAUGACCGAGACAGAUUAUUAGAAGCAGAGGCUGCUGCAAUAGGAUAUAAGGAUCCAAAUGUAACAAAGCCCAUAUGUGUGUUUGAGGCCAUGAAGAGGGGAAUAAUUGAUGACAACAGUGGACUACGGCUGCUACAGGCCCAGGAAUCAGUGGGAGGGAUUUUAGAUCCCAAUCUUAGUGUAUUUCUUCCUAAGGACACAGCUAUUAAGCGCAACCUUUUGGAUGAAAAAGUAUGUUAUGCUCUAAACCAGACACCAGAAUGCUAUAUAGACCCAGACACCGAACGAAAUGCCAGUUAUGGAGCUUUGAAGAAAAUAUGUAAGAUAGAACCUCAUACAGGUCUACUAUUUUUGCCAAUAGCUAAAAAGCUAGAUCCAAACAAACUGAUAUUUGAUGGUGUCCGCAAACCAGUGACAGCAAAACAGCUGUUAGACUGUGGUGUCCUUGACAAACCAACAUUUAACCAGCUUGUGAAGGGAGAGAAAACUGUCCCAGAGGUGUCUGUGGAUAAAAAGAUUCCCCUCAAGGGAACAGGAUCAAUUGCUGGUUUGGUAGUUGGACCUUCAGGGAAAAUGUCUUUGACAAAAGCCAAGAAACAAAUGCUUGUAUCCCCUGAAAGCGUUGAUUUGCUGCUGGAAGCCCAGGCUGCCACGGGACAUAUCAUUGACCCCUCCUCCAAUCAGAAACUGACAGUAGAGGAAGCAUGUGUAAAGGGAGUGGUGGACAAAAGUGAUCAAGACAAACUGUUAGCAGCAGAAGCUGCUGCUAUUGGUUAUAAGGAUCCACAUACAGCUCAGCCUCUUUCAGUGUAUGAGGCAAUGAAGAAAGGACUAAUUGACAAAAAGACUGGCCUACGUCUGCUGCAGGCCCAGGAGUCUGCAGGGGGCAUCCUAGAUCCAAACCUAAGUGUGUUCCUCCCCAAAGAAACAGCCAUAAAGCGCAACCUUUUGGAUGAAGAUCUCUGCCGUGAACUAAGCAAGAAUCCUGAGUGUUACACUGAUCCAGAAACAGAGCAAGAUGCCACCUACGGAGCUCUAAAGAAAAGAUGCAAAACUGAACCUCACACAGGUUUGAUGCUACUACCAAUUUCUGAGAGGAAAGAUCCUUCCAAACUAAUGUUUGAUGGUGUCCGCAAGCCAGUCUCAGCCCAGCAGCUGCUGGAUUGUGGUGUACUGGACAAACCAACAUUUAACCAGCUUGUGAAGGGAGAGAAAACUGUCCCAGAGGUGUCUGUGGAUAGAAAGAUUCCCCUCAAGGGAACAGGAUCAAUUGCUGGUUUAGUAGUUGGACCUUCAGGGAAAAUGUCUUUGACAAAAGCCAAGAAACAAAUGCUUGUAUCCCCAGAAAGCACUGAUUUGCUGCUGGAAGCCCAGGCUGCCACGGGUCAUAUCAUUGAACCCUCCUCCAAUCAGAAACUGACAGUAGAGGAAGCAUGUGUAAAGGGAGUGGUGGACAAAAGUGAUCUAGACAAACUGUUAGCAGCAGAAGCUGCUGCUGUUGGUUAUAAGGAUCCACAUACAGCUCAGCCUCUUUCAGUGUAUGAGGCAAUGAAGAAAGGACUAAUUGACAAAAAGACUGGCCUACGUCUGCUGCAGGCCCAGGAGUCUGCAGGGGGCAUCCUAGAUCCAAACCUAAGUGUGUUCCUUCCCAAAGAAACGGCCAUGAAGCGCAACCUUUUGGAUGAAGAUCUCUGCCGUGAACUAAGCAAGAAUCCUGAGUGUUACACUGAUCCAGAAACAGAGCAAGAUGCCACCUAUGGAGCUCUAAAAAAAAGAUGCAAAAUUGAACCUCACACAGGUUUGAUGCUACUACCAGUUUCUGAGAGGAAAGAUCCUUCCAAACUAAUGUUUGAUGGUGUCCGCAAGCCAGUCUCAGCCCAGCAGCUGCUGGAUUGUGGUGUACUGGACAAACCAACAUUUAACCAGCUUGUGAAGGGAGAGAAAACUGUCCCAGAGGUGUCUGUGGAUAAAAAGAUUCCCCUCAAGGGAACAGGAUCAAUUGCUGGUUUGGUAGUUGGACCUUCAGGAAAAAUGUCUUUGACAAAAGCUAAGAAACAAAUGCUUGUAUCCCCUGAAAGCGUUGAUUUGCUGCUGGAAGCCCAGGCUGCCACGGGUCAUAUCAUUGACCCCUCCUCCAAUCAGAAACUGACAGUAGAGGAAGCAUGUAUAAAGGGAGUGGUGGACAAAAGUGAUCGAGACAAACUGUUAGCAGCAGAAGCUGCUGCUAUUGGUUAUAAGGAUCCACAUACAGCUCAGCCUCUUUCAGUGUAUGAGGCAAUGAAGAAAGGACUAAUUGACAAAAAGACUGGCCUACGUCUGCUGCAGGCCCAGGAGUCUGCAGGGGGCAUCCUAGAUCCAAACCUAAGUGUGUUCCUCCCCAAAGAAACAGCCAUAAAGCGCAACCUUUUGGAUGAAGAUCUCUGCCGUGAACUAAGCAAGAAUCCUGAGUGUUACACUGAUCCAGAAACAGAGCAAGAUGCCACCUACGGAGCUCUAAAGAAAAGAUGCAAAACUGAACCUCACACAGGUUUGAUGCUACUACCAAUUUCUGAGAGGAAAGAUCCUUCCAAACUAAUGUUUGAUGGUGUCCGCAAGCCAGUCUCAGCCCAGCAGCUGCUGGAUUGUGGUGUACUGGACAAACCAACAUUUAACCAGCUUGUGAAGGGAGAGAAAACUGUCCCAGAGGUGUCUGUGGAUAAAAAGAUUCCCCUCAAGGGAACAGGAUCAAUUGCUGGUUUGGUAGUUGGACCUUCAGGGAAAAUGUCUUUGACAAAAGCCAAGAAACAAAUGCUUGUAUCCCCUGAAAGCGCUGAUUUGCUGCUGGAAGCCCAGGCUGCCACGGGACAUAUCAUUGAACCCUCCUCCAAUCAGAAACUGACAGUAGAGGAAGCAUGUGUAAAGGGAGUGGUGGACAAAAGUGAUCGAGACAAACUGUUAGCAGCAGAAGCUGCUGCUGUUGGUUAUAAGGAUCCACAUACAGCUCAGCCUCUUUCAGUGUAUGAGGCAAUGAAGAAAAGACUAAUUGACAGGAAGACUGGCCUACGUCUGCUGCAGGCCCAGGAGUCUGCAGGGGGCAUCCUAGAUCCAAACCUAAGUGUGUUCCUCCCCAAAGAAACAGCCAUAAAGCGCAACCUUUUGGAUGAAGAUCUCUGCCGUGAACUAAGCAAGAAUCCUGAGUGUUACACUGAUCCAGAAACAGAGCAAGAUACCACCUAUGGAGCUCUAAAGAAAAGAUGCAAAAUUGAACCUCACACAGGUUUGAUGCUACUACCAGUUUCUGAGAGGAAAGAUCCUUCCAAACUAAUGUUUGAUGGUGUCCGCAAGCCAGUCUCAGCCCAGCAGCUGCUGGAUUGUGGUGUACUGGACAAACCAACAUUUAACCAGCUUGUGAAGGGAGAGAAAACUGUCCCAGAGGUGUCUGUGGAUAAAAAGAUUCCCCUCAAGGGAACAGGAUCAAUUGCUGGUUUGGUAGUUGGACCUUCAGGGAAAAUGUCUUUGACAAAAGCCAAGAAACAAAUGCUUGUAUCCCCUGAAAGCGCUGAUUUGCUGCUGGAAGCCCAGGCUGCCACGGGUCAUAUCAUUGACCCCUCCUUCAAUCAAAAACUGACAGUAGAGGAAGCAUGUAUAAAGGGAGUGGUGGACAAAAGUGAUCGAGACAAACUGUUAGCAGCAGAAGCUGCUGCUAUUGGUUAUAAGGAUCCACAUACAGCUCAGCCUCUUUCAGUGUAUGAGGCAAUGAAGAAAGGACUAAUUGACAAAAAGACUGGCCUACGUCUGCUGCAGGCCCAGGAGUCUGCAGGGGGCAUCCUAGAUCCAAACCUAAGUGUGUUCCUCCCCAAAGAAACAGCCAUAAAGCGCAAACUUUUGGAUGAAGAUCUCUGCCGUGAACUAAGCAACAAUCCUGAGUGUUACACUGAUCCAGAAACAGAGCAAGAUACCACCUAUGGAGCUCUAAAGAAAAGAUGCAAAACUGAAUCUUACACAGGUUUGAUGCUACUACCAAUUUCUGAGAGGAAAGAUCCUUCCAAACUAAUGUUUGAUGGUGUCCGCAAGCCAGUCUCAGCCCAGCAGCUGCUGGAUUGUGGUGUACUGGACAAACCAACAUUUAACCAGCUUGUGAAGGGAGAGAAAACUGUCCCAGAGGUGUCUGUGGAUAAAAAGAUUCCCCUCAAGGGAACAGGAUCAAUUGCUGGUUUGGUAGUUGGACCUUCAGGGAAAAUGUCUUUGACAAAAGCCAAGAAACAAAUGCUUGUAUCCCCAGAAAGCGCUGAUUUGCUGCUGGAAGCCCAGGCUGCCACGGGUCAUAUCAUUGACCCCUCCUCCAAUCAGAAACUGACAGUAGAGGAAGCAUGUAUAAAGGGAGUGGUGGACAAAAGUGAUCGAGACAAACUGUUAGCAGCAGAAGCUGCUGCUAUUGGUUAUAAGGAUCCACAUACAGCUCAGCCUCUUUCAGUGUAUGAGGCAAUGAAGAAAGGACUAAUUGCCAAAAAGACUGGCCUACGUCUGCUGCAGGCCCAGGAGUCUGCAGGGGGCAUCCUAGAUCCAAACCUAAGUGUGUUCCUCCCCAAAGAAACAGCCAUAAAGCGCAACCUUUUGGAUGAAGAUCUCUGCCGUGAACUAAGCAAGAAUCCUGAGUGUUACACUGAUCCAGAAACAGAGCAAGAUACCACCUACGGAGCUCUAAAGAAAAGAUGCAAAACUGAAUCUUACACAGGUUUGAUGCUACUACCAGUUUCUGAGAGGAAAGAUCCUUCCAAACUAAUGUUUGAUGGUGUCCGCAAGCCAGUCUCAGCCCAGCAGCUGCUGGAUUGUGGUGUACUGGACAAACCAACAUUUAACCAGCUUGUGAAGGGAGAGAAAACUGUCCCAGAGGUGUCUGUAGAUAAAAAGAUUCCCCUCAAGGGAACAGGAUCAAUUGCUGGUUUGGUAGUUGGACCUUCAGGGAAAAUGUCUUUGACAAAAGCCAAGAAACAAAUGCUUGUAUCCCCAGAAAGCGCUGAUUUGCUGCUGGAAGCCCAGGCUGCCACGGGACAUAUCAUUGACCCCUCCUCCAAUCAGAAACUGACAGUAGAGGAAGCAUGUGUAAAGGGAGUGGUGGACAAAAGUGAUCGAGACAAACUGUUAGCAGCAGAAGCUGCUGCUGUUGGUUAUAAGGAUCCACAUACAGCUCAGCCUCUUUCAGUGUAUGAGGCAAUGAAGAAAAGACUAAUUGACAAAAUGACUGGCCUACGUCUGCUGCAGGCCCAGGAGUCUGCAGGGGGCAUCCUAGAUCCAAACCUAAGUGUGUUCCUCCCCAAAGAAACAGCCAUAAAGCGCAACCUUUUGGAUGAAGAUCUCUGCCGUGAACUAAGCAAGAAUCCUGAGUGUUACACUGAUCCAGAAACAGAGCAAGAGUCCACCUACGGAGCUCUAAAGAAAAGAUGCAAAACUGAAUCUUACACAGGUUUGAUGCUACUACCAGUUUCUGAGAGGAAAGAUCCUUCCAAACUAAUGUUUGAUGGUGUCCGCAAGCCAGUCUCAGCCCAGCAGCUGCUGGAUUGUGGUGUACUGGACAAACCAACAUUUGACCAGCUUGUAAAGGGAGAGAAAACUGUCCCAGAGGUGUCUGUGGAUAAAAAGAUUCCCCUCAAGGGAACAGGAUCAAUUGCUGGUGUGGUAGUGGGACCUUCAGGGAAAAUGUCUUUGACAAAAGCCAAGAAACAAAUGCUUGUAUCCCCAGAAAGCGCUGAUUUGCUGCUGGAAGCCCAGGCUGCCACGGGUCAUAUCAUUGAACCCUCCUCCAAUCAGAAACUGACAGUAGAGGAAGCAUGUGUAAAGGGAGUGGUGGACAAAAGUGAUCGAGACAAACUGUUAGCAGCAGAAGCUGCUGCUGUUGGUCAUAAGGAUCCACAUACAGCUCAGCCUCUUUCAGUGUAUGAGGCAAUGAAGAAAAGACUAAUUGACAAAAAGACUGGCCUACGUCUGCUGCAGGCCCAGGAAUCUGCAGGGGGCAUCCUAGAUCCAAACCUCAGUGUGUUCCUCCCCAAAGAAACAGCCAUAAAGCGCAACCUUUUGGAUGAAGAUCUCUGCCGUGAACUAAGCAAGAAUCCUGAGUGUUACACUGAUCCAGAAACAGAGCAAGAUACCACCUAUGGAGCUCUAAAGAAAAGAUGCAAAACUGAAUCUUACACAGGUUUGAUGCUACUACCAGUUUCUGAGAGGAAAGAUCCUUCCAAACUAAUGUUUGAUGGUGUCCGCAAGCCAGUCUCAGCCCAGCAGCUGCUGGAUUGUGGUGUACUGGACAAACCAACAUUUGACCAGCUUGUGAAGGGAGAGAAAACUGUCCCAGAGGUGUCUGUGGAUAAAAAGAUUCCCCUCAAGGGAACGGGAUCAAUUGCUGGUGUGCUAGUGAGAACUUCAGGGAAAAUGUCUUUGACAAAAGCCAAGAAACAAAUGCUUGUAUCCCCAGAAAGCGCUGAUUUGCUGCUGGAAGCCCAGGCUGCCACGGGUCAUAUCAUUGAACCCUCCUCCAAUCAGAAACUGACAGUAGAGGAAGCAUGUAUAAAGGGAGUGGUGGACAAAAGUGAUCGAGACAAACUGUUAGCAGCAGAAGCUGCUGCUGUUGGUUAUAAGGAUCCACAUACAGCUCAGCCUCUUUCAGUGUAUGAGGCAAUGAAGAAAAGACUAAUUGACAAAAAGACUGGCCUACGUCUGCUGCAGGCCCAGGAAUCUGCAGGGGGCAUCCUAGAUCCAAACCUCAGUGUGUUCCUCCCCAAAGAAACGGCCAUGAAGCGCAACCUUUUGGAUGAAGAUCUCUGCCGUGAACUAAGCAAGAAUCCUGAGUGUUACACUGAUCCAGAAACAGAGCAAGAUUCCACCUACGGAGCUCUAAAGAAAAGAUGCAAAACUGAACCUCACACAGGUUUGAUGCUACUACCAGUUUCUGAGAGGAAAGAUCCUUCCAAACUAAUGUUUGAUGGUGUCCGCAAGCCAGUCUCAGCCCAGCAGCUGCUGGAUUGUGGUGUACUGGACAAACCAACAUUUGACCAGCUUGUGAAGGGAGAGAAAACUGUCCCAGAGGUGUCUGUGGAUAAAAAGAUUCCCCUCAAGGGAACAGGAUCAAUUGCUGGUUUGGUAGUUGGACCUUCAGGGAAAAUGUCUUUGACAAAAGCCAAGAAACAAAUGCUUGUAUCCCCAGAAAGCGCUGAUUUGCUGCUGGAAGCCCAGGCUGCCACGGGACAUAUCAUUGACCCCUCCUCCAAUCAGAAACUGACAGUAGAGGAAGCAUGUGUAAAGGGAGUGGUGGACAAAAGUGAUCGAGACAAACUGUUAGCAGCAGAAGCUGCUGCUGUUGGUUAUAAGGAUCCACAUACAGCUCAGCCUCUUUCAGUGUAUGAGGCAAUGAAGAAAAGACUAAUUGACAAAAUGACUGGCCUACGUCUGCUGCAGGCCCAGGAGUCUGCAGGGGGCAUCCUAGAUCCAAACCUAAGUGUGUUCCUCCCCAAAGAAACAGCCAUAAAGCGCAACCUUUUGGAUGAAGAUCUCUGCCGUGAACUAAGCAAGAAUCCUGAGUGUUACACUGAUCCAGAAACAGAGCAAGAGUCCACCUACGGAGCUCUAAAGAAAAGAUGCAAAACUGAAUCUUACACAGGUUUGAUGCUACUACCAGUUUCUGAGAGGAAAGAUCCUUCCAAACUAAUGUUUGAUGGUGUCCGCAAGCCAGUCUCAGCCCAGCAGCUGCUGGAUUGUGGUGUACUGGACAAACCAACAUUUGACCAGCUUGUAAAGGGAGAGAAAACUGUCCCAGAGGUGUCUGUGGAUAAAAAGAUUCCCCUCAAGGGAACAGGAUCAAUUGCUGGUGUGGUAGUGGGACCUUCAGGGAAAAUGUCUUUGACAAAAGCCAAGAAACAAAUGCUUGUAUCCCCAGAAAGCGCUGAUUUGCUGCUGGAAGCCCAGGCUGCCACGGGUCAUAUCAUUGAACCCUCCUCCAAUCAGAAACUGACAGUAGAGGAAGCAUGUGUAAAGGGAGUGGUGGACAAAAGUGAUCGAGACAAACUGUUAGCAGCAGAAGCUGCUGCUGUUGGUCAUAAGGAUCCACAUACAGCUCAGCCUCUUUCAGUGUAUGAGGCAAUGAAGAAAAGACUAAUUGACAAAAAGACUGGCCUACGUCUGCUGCAGGCCCAGGAAUCUGCAGGGGGCAUCCUAGAUCCAAACCUCAGUGUGUUCCUCCCCAAAGAAACAGCCAUAAAGCGCAACCUUUUGGAUGAAGAUCUCUGCCGUGAACUAAGCAAGAAUCCUGAGUGUUACACUGAUCCAGAAACAGAGCAAGAUACCACCUAUGGAGCUCUAAAGAAAAGAUGCAAAACUGAAUCUUACACAGGUUUGAUGCUACUACCAGUUUCUGAGAGGAAAGAUCCUUCCAAACUAAUGUUUGAUGGUGUCCGCAAGCCAGUCUCAGCCCAGCAGCUGCUGGAUUGUGGUGUACUGGACAAACCAACAUUUGACCAGCUUGUGAAGGGAGAGAAAACUGUCCCAGAGGUGUCUGUGGAUAAAAAGAUUCCCCUCAAGGGAACGGGAUCAAUUGCUGGUGUGCUAGUGAGAACUUCAGGGAAAAUGUCUUUGACAAAAGCCAAGAAACAAAUGCUUGUAUCCCCAGAAAGCGCUGAUUUGCUGCUGGAAGCCCAGGCUGCCACGGGUCAUAUCAUUGAACCCUCCUCCAAUCAGAAACUGACAGUAGAGGAAGCAUGUGUAAAGGGAGUGGUGGACAAAAGUGAUCGAGACAAACUGUUAGCAGCAGAAGCUGCUGCUGUUGGUUAUAAGGAUCCACAUACAGCUCAGCCUCUUUCAGUGUAUGAGGCAAUGAAGAAAGGACUAAUUGACAAAAAGACUGGCCUACGUCUGCUGCAGGCCCAGGAGUCUGCAGGGGGCAUCCUAGAUCCAAACCUAAGUGUGUUCCUCCCCAAAGAAACGGCCAUGAAGCGCAACCUUUUGGAUGAAGAUCUCUGCCGUGAACUAAGCAAGAAUCCUGAAUGUUACACUGAUCCAGAAACAGAGCAAGAGUCCACCUACGGAGCUCUAAAGAAAAGAUGCAAAACUGAAUCUUACACAGGUUUGAUGCUACUACCAGUUUCUGAGAGGAAAGAUCCUUCCAAACUAAUGUUUGAUGGUGUGCGCAAGCCAGUCUCAGCCCAGCAGCUGCUGGAUUGUGGUGUACUGGACAAACCAACAUUUGACCAGCUUAUGAAGGGAGAGAAAACUGUCCCAGAGGUGUCUGUGGAUAAAAAGAUUCCCCUCAAGGGAACAGGAUCAAUUGCUGGUUUGGUAGUGGGACCUUCAGGGAAAAUGUCUUUGACAAAAGCCAAGAAACAAAUGCUUGUAUCCCCAGAAAGCGCUGAUUUGCUGCUGGAAGCCCAGGCUGCCACGGGUCAUAUCAUUGACCCCUCCUCCAAUCAGAAACUGACAGUAGAGGAAGCAUGUAUAAAGGGAGUGGUGGACAAAAGUGAUCAAGACAAACUGUUAGCAGCAGAAGCUGCUGCUGUUGGUUAUAAGGAUCCACAUACAGCUCAGCCUCUUUCAGUGUAUGAGGCAAUGAAGAAAAGACUAAUUGACAAAAAGACUGGCCUACGUCUGCUGCAGGCCCAGGAGUCUGCAGGGGGCAUCCUAGAUCCAAACCUCAGUGUGUUCCUCCCCAAAGAAACAGCCAUAAAGCGCAACCUUUUGGAUGAAGAUCUCUGCCGUGAACUAAGCAAGAAUCCUGAGUGUUACACUGAUCCAGAAACAGAGCAAGAUGCCACCUACAGAGCUCUAAAGAAAAGAUGCAAAACUGAACCUCACACAGGUUUGAUGCUACUACCAGUUUCUGAGAAGAAAGAUCCUUCCAAACUAAUGUUUGAUGGUGUCCGCAAGCCAGUCUCAGCCCAGCAGCUGCUGGAUUGUGGUGUACUGGACAAACCAACAUUUAACCAGCUUGUGAAGGGAGAGAAAACUGUUCAAGAGGUGUCUGUGGAUAAAAAGAUCUUUCUAAAAGGCACUGGUUCCAUUGCUGGGAUAGUAGUUGGACGUCAAAGAGAACUUUCAUUUGUAGAAGCCAAGAAACAGAUGGUAAUUUCAGAGGAAAGUGCAGAUUUAUUGCUUGAAGCCCAGGCUGCAACAGGUUACAUUACUGACCUCAAAUCUAAACAAAAACUGACUGUAGAAGAGGCAUGUGCCAAAGGACUUGUGGAUCCAAAAGAUAGAAACAGACUGUUGGCUGCAGAAGCUGCUGUUGUUGGCUAUAAAGAUACUUGUGCGUCCAAGCCUUUGUCAGUGUUUGAAGCCCUGAAGAAGUGCUUAAUUGAUGAGAAGACUUGUUUACGUCUGCUGCAGGCCCAGGAGUCAGUAGGAGGAAUUUUAGAUCCCAAUCUCAGUGUCUUCCUACCUAAAGAAACAGCUCUUCAGCAUAACCUUUUAAAUGAAAAGCUCCUUCGUGCUCUAAACCAAAGACCUGCUUGUUAUCUCGACCCAGAAACUGACAAUGGUGUCAGCUAUGGUGCUUUGAAAACAAGAUGUAAUACUAACACUCAGACAGGCUUGCACAUUUUGCCAGUCUCAGAAAAGUUUGACGCCUCCAAGUUACUUUUUCACGGUGUACGUAAGAUGGUCUCAGCACAGCAGCUGCUUGAUUGCAGAGUUCUUGACAAACCAACAUUUAACCAACUAAUGAAAGGGGAGAAGACUGUCUCAGAGCUGUCUCUGGAUAAAAAAGUCUUUCUUAAGGGGACAGGAUCAAUUGCUGGUGUAGCAGCUGGACCUUUAGAGAAAAUGUCUUUCACUGAUGCAAAGAAACAGAAAAUCAUGUCACCUGGCAGUGCUGACAUGCUUCUGUAUGCGCAGGCAGCCACAGGUCACAUCAUUGACCCAAGGACUAAUCAGUAUCUUACAGUAAAAGAAGCAUGUUCCAGAGGAGUAGUAAGUAAGGAAGAUGAGUCAAUGUUGUCUGCAGCUGAGGCUUCUGCUAUAGGUUACAGAGACACAAAUACUGGCAAGCUCAUUUCAGCUGGUCAGGCAAUGAGAAAGGGAUUAAUUGACAAAAACACAGCUUUGCAUCUGCUUCAAGCUCAAGAAUCAGUUGGCGGUAUUAUGGACCCUGCCCUCAGUGUGUUCUUACCCAAAGACAUUGCAGUGGAUCGGGACCUCAUAGAUGAGGAACUAUACCAGGCCUUGAAUAAGUGCCCUGAGUGCUACAUUGACCCAGACACCGAACAACCAACAACAUAUGUUUCACUUAAGAAAAAAUGCAAAGUUGACCCAGUUACAGGUCUUUUACUUCUCCCCAAACCUAAAUUACCAUUUACUGUACAGGGACUCAGGAACCAGGUGUCUGUUAUAGAUUUGGUGGAUGCAAACCUUUUGGAACAUUCUGAUAUAAACCAACUGAAUGAAGGUAAACUGACAACCCAAGACAUUGAAGACCGUCUACGUUCACACCUUAGAGGUUCCACCUGCAUAGCAGGAGUUUACGAUGAAGCCAGUGACAAGGUGCUGCCAAUCUAUCAGGCCAUGAAAGAUGGGCUGUUGCGUAGUGGCACCACUCUGGAACUACUUGAAGCCCAGGCCGCCUCAGGUUUCAUAGUAGAUCCUGUCAAUAAUCUCUAUCUAACAGUUAGUGAUGCCUACAACAGAAGACUGUUUGGACUGGAGUUCAGAGACAAACUGUUAGCAGCAGAAAGGGCUGUGACUGGCUACAAAGUGCGUGGAACAGACAAGACAAUCUCCCUCUUUCAGGCUAUGGAGAAAGGUCUAAUAGAGAAAAGUCAUGGAAUUCGCCUUCUAGAGGCCCAGAUUGCCAGUGGCGGAAUCAUUGAUCCUGAGCACAGCAUUCGUAUUGAUGUAAAUGUGGCCUACAAGAGAGGUUACUUUAACGAAGAAAUGAACAAGAUCUUGACUGAUGAAAGCGAUGACACAAAAGAUUUCUUCGACCCAAACACAGAUGAAAACUUAACCUAUCUGGAACUAAAGAAACGCUGUAUCUUCGACAAGAAGACUGGCCUCAUCCUGUUGCCUAUCAUAGACAAGAAGAAGCAAGAGGCAAAACAGAAACAUGCACGAAGGAGGAGGAGAGUGAUAAUUGUGGAUCCAGAAACUAACAGAGAGAUGACAAUACGUGAAGCAUAUGACAAAGGGUAUAUUGAUUACGAAACCUUCCUGGAACUUUCUGAGCACGAGUGUGAGUGGGAGGAGAUCACUAUCACUGCUCCAGAUGGUUCCACAAGGUUCAUUAUCAUUGACAGGAAAACUGGAAGACAGUAUGACAUCUCUGAACUGCUUGAAAAGCGAGUAAUUGAUCAAUCAGUUCUACAGCAGUACCGUUCACAAACCAUCACCCUCACUCAGUUUGCAGAUAUCAUUACUGAAAAGACCAAAGAACUAUCAUCAUUGUCAACUUCAACACCAUCAGCAAUCUCAGGAGCAUCUUCAGUGACAUCAUCAUCCACUUCAAUACCAUCAGCAAUCUCAGGAGCAUCUUCAGCAUCAAAAUCUUUGAGGGAACCUUCAGUGACAUCAUCAUCAACUUCAAGAGCAUCGACAUCUUUGAUGGAAUCUUCAUUGACAUCAACUUCAAAAACAGGAGAAGUCUCAAUGCCUGUGUCAUUAACAUCCUCUUCCACAUUCACAUCAAGACCUGUAAAGCUGCCUGAGCACGAGUGUGAGUGGGAGGAGAUCACUAUCACUGCUCCAGAUGGUUCUACAAGGUUCAUUAUCAUUGACAGGAAAGCUGGAAGACAGUAUGACAUCUCUGAACUGCUUGAAAAGCAAGUUAUUGAUGAAUCAGUUCUACAGCAGUACCGUUCACGAACCAUCACCCUCAAUCAGUUUGCUGGUUUGAUCACUGAAAAGGCCAAACAACUAUCAUCACCAUUAUCAACCUCAAUGCCAUCAACAAUUUCAGGAGCAUCUUCGGUGACGUCACCAUCAACUUUAAGAUCAUCAACAUCUUUCAGGGAAUCUUCAUUGACAUCAAUUUCAAAAACAGCAGAAGUCUCAGUGCCUGUGUCAUUAACAUCAUCUUCCUCCUCUUCCACAUUCAUAUCAAGACCUGUAGAACUGUCUGAGGAAUAUGAGUGGGAGGAGAUCACUAUCACUGCUCCAGAUGGUUCCACAAGGUUCAUUAUCAUUGACAGGAAAACUGGAAGACAGUAUGACAUCUCUGAACUGCUUGAAAAGCAAGUAAUUGAUGAAUCAGUUCUACGGCAGUACCGUUCACGAACCAUCACCCUCAGUCAGUUUGCUGAUAUUGUCAUUGAAAAGACCAAACAGCUAUCAUCAUCUUCAUCAACUUCAAGAACGUCAACAUCUUUUAGGGAAUUGUCAGUGACAACUCCCACUUCCAAAACAGCAGAAGCAUCAAUGCCUGUGUCAUUGACAUCAUCUUCGUCCUCUUCCACAUCAAGAUUUGAGUCAAGACCUGUAUCAUCUAUUAUCACCAAGGUAACCACAACAAGCACAAGGACUGUCACAGAAGAAAGCACCACAUAUGCCGCUGAUGCUCAGGAUUCUUCCGACUCUUUGAAGCAUCUAUCCACUGUAUCAAUCACUAUGUCCUCUCCUCUUGAAACAGUGGGUGAGCUGGCACCUGUGGGUGCCAUUUUUGAUACAGAUACACUUGAGAAGAUAUCUGUCACAGAGGCUUUAAAUCGUGGUCUUUUGGAUUCCAUCACUGCCCAGAGACUGCUUGAGGCCCAAGCCUGCACUGGAGGAAUUGUGAAUCCCGCAAAUGGCCACAGGGUCAGCAUCCAGGAGGCCUCCCGCAUGGGCAUAAUAGAUGAUGACAUGGCUACUAACCUCAAGCCUGCCCAGAAGGCCUAUAUUGGUUUUGAGGAUGUGAAAACUAAGAAGAAGAUGUCAGCUGCUAAAGCCAUGAAGGAGAUGUGGCUACCAUACGAGGCAGGACAUAGAUUCAUGGAGUUCCAGGUUGUAACAGGGGGACUGUAUGACCCAGACAUGGGCUGCAGAAGAAGCAUAGAGGAUGCUUUGAAAAUGGGCUGGUUGGAUGUGAGAGCAGCACAGAGGCUCCAAAACAUCAAACACCACACAAAGAACCUGACAUGUCCAAAAAGCAAACUAAAAAUAUCUUACAAAGAGGCUCUGGAUAACUGCUUGGUAGAGGAGGGUACUGGGGUGAGAAUGCUCCAGGCAUCUUCUGUGUCUUCCAGGGGAAUCAGCAGUCCAUACAAUGUUUCCUCUGCCCCAGGAUCCACCACAGGCUCAAGGAGUGGUUCACGACGGUGCUCCCGCAGGAGCAGUCUAGACCUUGGCUCCCCUUUAACAAAGCACAGCAGUUUUAUGACCAGCUUCUCAUCUCAUAAAUAAACCAAGGUUCUGCAGGUGCAUGGUCUUUUCUUUCAAAUCGGUUACUGUUUGUGAGAGCACUUCAAAUGUGCAAAGGUUAAACUUUUCCUAAUGUUAUAUUCAUCCUUUGGUGUUGCUAUGCUAACAGAGCUGGAGUUUAAAUGAUUAAGAUGAAGAACACUUCUGAGAUAUUUUGUUGACAAUGGACAAAUGUUUUAAUAACCGCCUCAUAAAGGUACUAGAUAUUGCAUGCCAUAUUUUUUUUCUUUUUACAUAAACAAACUGCUUCAGAUCUAAUUUUCCAAGCCUUCAUUACAUGUGACUUCAUUGGAGUUUUUGUUGGGAAUAACAUGGUAUUGUGUUUUUUCAUUUAUUUUCUUCUAAAAUGUAUUCUGUUUGUUUUGGGGUUUUUUUCUUGUGGAAAGGGCUACUAAGUUAGAUGACUUUUUUGGAACUGAAUCAGUUGUUUCUUUCUAUUUAGUUCUUUUAGAUUUGGAACUGCUUUUCAUUAUCUCAAAAUAAAACUUCAAAAUAAAACUUCAA